AUAAGGUAGAUACCCAUGGGGUUCAGUGGUUCACGAUCGUCAAGUGAAGGGAAGCCGUUGGACACCAUGGGUAAGGCUUCCUUGUUGCUCCUGAGUCUCGUCGUUCCCUUUGUUCUUCUUCUUCUGCCGGUCUCACGCUCGGCGACGGUGGUGACCCAUCUCCCCGGCUUCCAUGACCGCCUUCCGUUCCACCUCGAGACCGGGUACGUCAGCGUGGACGAGGAGACGGGAGCGGAGCUCUUCUACUACUUCGUGGAGUCCGAGAGGAGCCCUGACACAGACCCCGUGAUCCUGUGGAUGACGGGUGGGCCCUUCUGCUCUGGCAUGAUUUUCUUCGAAGUUGGUCCUAUGAAAUUUGUGUUGGCACCUUAUAAUGGUAGUUUGCCACAGUUGGCCUAUAAUCCCUAUUCAUGGUCCAAGACAGCAAGCAUCAUCCUGUUGGAUUCACCAGUUGGUACUGGUUUCUCGUACGCUCGUGAUGUGGAAGGUUAUCACGAUAUUGGGGAUUUCUCCUUUUCUAUGCAUGUCUUAACAUUUCUCAACAAGUGGUUUACCGACCACCCACACUACCAAUCCAAUCCUUUCUUUGUUGGAGGAAGUUCAUAUGCUGGAAAGAUGUCUCCAAUUAUCGCACAACACAUUUCGCAAGAAAUCGAACUGGGGAAGCAACCCAGGAUUAAUCUCAAGGGCUAUGUAGUCGGCAAUCCUGUUACAGGCUCAGAUUAUGAUGACAAUUUCAGAGUACCAUAUGCUCAUGGUGUUGGGAUUAUAUCCGAUCAACUAUAUGAGGCUGCAAUUCGGAAUUGUAAAGGAAGCUAUAUAAGACCGACGGACAAAAUGUGUGCCAGGGUGCUAAACACUUUUCAAAAUCUUGUGUCUGAAAUUGAUCUGCCACAAAUCCUGGGUGUCAAUUGUAUAAGGGGUAUGUUAACACAUAAAUUUCUAUCAGAAGAAUACACUCAACUAAGUGAUCCGUCUCCUGAGCAACCUACCUUAGAUUGUUUUGCAUACCGUUACUACCUAUGUAAUAUUUGGGCAAACGACGAUUCCACGAGAGAAGCUCUUGGGGUGAAGCGAGGAACAACUGGAGAGUUUAUAAGAUGGAAGAAAAGUAUCCCAUACGCAUCCGAGGUCCCCAGCAGCAUAAAGUACCAUUUCAACCUCACAAGCAGGGGCUAUCGUGCGCUUGUGUUUAGCGGAGACCAUGAUCUUGUGAUACCAUUUUUGAGCACACAUGCGUGGGUUAGAUCCUUCAACUUCUCCGUAGUCGAUGAUUGGAGAGCAUGGCAUCUUGAUGGCCAGGCUGCAGGAUUUACAAUCACAUACGCCAACUAUAUUACAUUUGCGACAAUAAAGCAGGGUGGUGGCCACGUAUCCAUAGAACACCGACCUAAGGAAUGUCUUGCCAUGGCUCGACGCUGGUUGGAUAAUGAGCCUCUAUGACCCGCCCUAUUUAAUUUUAUCAUUUUCUCCCUUCUCGAAUCAUGUGGGUUUUUAAUGUACAAUAGAAGUUCAGACCUCCACCAAGUAUUUUUCAAAUUAUUUAAAAAAAGGAGGAUGGCCCCCGGCCUCUACAUCUGGUCGA